CAAAGUUCAGAAUGGGGGGGAGGCUGUCAUUUUUAGGGAGGGUGGGGCCUCAGUGGAGCCUGAAGGGAAGUGGGGCUCCUGGCUCCCCAGGGCCUGGCCCACUCAAUGCCUCUCACUUUCCCCCGCAUGGGUGCAGUCAGGGGGUCUGCUCCAAGCAGACGCUGGUGGUCCCACUCCGUUACAACGAGUCCUACAGCCAACCCGUAUAUAAGCCCUACUUGACUCUGUGCUCUGGAAGGCGUGUCUGCAGCACCUACAGGACCACGUACCAUGUGGCUUGGCGGGAGGUAAGGAGGGAGGUGCAGCAGACCCACGCCGUGUGCUGCCAGGGCUGGAAAAAGCGGCAUCCCGGGGCGCUCACCUGUGACGAAGGUGAGGCUGGGUCUUCCCAGGCCUCGGGGGAAGUGCGCCCGGCCGGGCUGGAGAGCCAGGCCUUCCGCUCGGUUCUGAACCCCGCUUCCUGCGCCCGCAGCCAUCUGCGCCAAGCCCUGCCAGAACGGAGGCGUCUGCGUCCGGCCGGACCAGUGCGAGUGCGCCCCGGGCUGGGGUGGGAAGCACUGUCACGUGGGGCUGGCGUCACUCUCUGCUCGCACGGAUGCCUCAAUACAGCAGGCAGCUUCACCUGUGGCUGCCCCCAGGGCCUGGUGCUGGGCCCGGACGGGCGCACUUGCGGAGAAGGGGCCCCAGAGCCCCCAACCAGUGCCAGCAUCCUCAGCGUGGCCGUUCGGGAGGCUGGACACGAUGAGCGUGCCCUGAGGCGGGAGAUUCGCGAGCUGCGAGGGCGCCUGGAGCGGCUGGAGCAGUGGGCCAGUCAGGCUGGAGCCUGGGUCCGAGCAGUGCUGCCCAUGCCCCCAGAAGAGCUGCAGCCCGAACAGGUGGCAGAGCUGUGGGGCCGAGGCGACAGGAUUGAGUCUCUCAGUGACCAGGUUCUGCUGCUGGAGGAGAGGCUAGGUGCCUAUUCCCGCACUUUACCACCCCUUCUCCUGGUCUGUCUCCAACUUGGUGGUUCCACUUAUUGGUGAGCGAGACUGUCAAUCCUUCAGUGUCCAGGGCCCACUCCAGGCAUCCAAGAAGUCCACAGUCAAUGUGUCUGCCUGUCUCCUUGUCAUUAACCAGGCUCCUGCGAGGACAACAGCCUGGGCCCAGGCCUCAAUCGGCGGAGCUAAGGAGCCCCUGCAGAGCCCCUGCCCCACUAAUUUAUACAGAAACUGGACCCACUAAUCCUCUGGGAUGGGCCGGCUGGGGAGCUGCAGAUAAGGCUAUCUGCCACUAAGGAGCAAUGAACAAUGGAAACUUUGGAAAGCUGAAGAAAGGAGGAAGGCGGGUUGUCUUGGCCUGCCCGAGUCUUCCGGCUGGGGCAGGGGCCUGGAGGAGAACUGCUUUUUUAACUCCUUAACAAACGCAGCCAGAAAGUGCCCAGAUCUCUCUCAAUCUUUAUUCUCGGUUUCUUGCUGUUAUCCAGAUAAUUAAUAAAAAUCAACCACGCAAAACUGGGUCCCACCCUCU